AUGUCGUUGCAUGGUCACCGAGGUCGCUCCUAUACCUCGCCAGGAUACACUGUCUACACCAACGGUGCACCUGAUCCGCGAUCGCCAGGGCUGCUGCCUGGGUCGGCGGCACCUUUCCACCACAUCCCGUUAGAGGACACGUCCCACGGCGGCGGCAGCUGUGCGUCCACACACACAGACGACAGCGGCGAGCCGCGCGAUCGAGAGGGCCUCACAGAGGUGGACCUCAACUCACCGCAGAUGCCCUCCCCGCAGCAGUACGCAAAUUAUGGUGAGUACCUCGACGCCUAUGAUCAGUACCUGAAAGACACCACGCAGUUCUUGGCCUCGGCGCGUGCCUUUCUGCAGAAGCAACUGCGUCACUUCCGCCACGCACACGCCGGCCUCGCUGAGGCGGUGCGCCGGGAGUAUUUCUGGACGUUUAUUCCCUUUAUCUGCGCCCUCUGUGUGCAUGUGGUAGACUCGCAGCAUCACGUGAACGCCCGGAUCACCCGCGAACGUCUCAAGCAGCGGGCCAAGGAGCAUGUGAAGAACGUCAAGUGGGUUUCCGUGUAA